AUGGCUCCUAUCAACGUUGUGAUUGUGGGGGCUGGAUGUGCCGGCGUCAGCAUUGCCCACUCCUUGCUGCAAGGGGUUCCCAACACCAAGGUUGUACUAGUGAACCCUUCCCAGACGUUUUAUUGGAACAUUGCCGCGCCACGCAUCGUCGCGAAGCCGAAGGCUUUCAAGCCGGAGCAGUAUUUGCUGCCCAUUAAAGACGCUUUCGUCCAAUACCCGGCCGAUACGUUCGAAUUCAUCGCUGGAAUUGCGACUGCCAUUGAUGUUGCUGCAAAGAGCGUGUCUAUCACCCCCAAUGGCAGCGCGGACUCGAAGUCUCUGCCAUACGACCAUCUCGUGAUCGCAUCCGGAAGCACCAACCCGUCAAGCACUGGCGCCGUCACCGGCAUUUCGGUCCCCUUCAAGCCGUCUAAUCGGGAUGAUAUCAAAGAGAUUGUCGAGGCCGCCCAGCAGCAGAUCGCCAAUGCCAAGGAGAUUGUCAUUGGCGGUGCAGGGCCGGUUGGUGUCGAGUUAGCAGGUGAGCUCGCUGAGGAGCUUGGCAGCAAGGCGACUAUCACCUUGAUCUCUUCUGCGGACCGGGUGCUUCCCAUGCUCAAGCCCUCUGGCAGCUAUGCAGGCGAGAAGUUGCUGAAGCAGAAGAACGUCAAGAUCAUCACAUCCGCGAAGGUGACUGGGGCUGCAGCCUCGACCGAUGGAACGAAGUCCUGGACCGUCUCUCUUGACAACGGAAACAAGGUGCUUGCCGACCUGUAUAUCCCGACGACGGGGGCCAUCCCCAACAGCAGCUUCAUUCCCGCGGAAUUUCUCGACGCAGAUGGCUGGGUCAAGGUCAACAAGGAGCUGCGUGUGCAAGCCUCCGGCGGCUCGGCUCUGCCUAUUUACGCCGUCGGUGAUAUCAACACUAACACCAUGCGUCUCAGCUUCAAAGCCACGGAACAGGCCAAGAUUGCGGCUGCGAACAUCAAGGCCGAUAUCUUGGGCAAGGGCGAUCACAAAGCCUACGAACAGGGUAAUAGCGUCAUGAUGGCAGUUCCCAUUGGUGAGACUGGCGGCACCGGUCAGAUGUUCGGGAUGACCCCGUUCAGCUUCAUUGUGAAGUUGGCCAAGGGCCGUGAUUAUUUUGUGUCCAAAGCAGCGCAGGCCCUGGCCGGCAAGACUUAG